GUAGGAUUUAUGCUGCUGGGAGUUCUUCACGACAAAGCUUUUCCAACUACACAUCAGGUGUUGUCUAAUUGCCAUAGAUUACUUUUGUAGAAACAUGUUGGUAAACAGUAAAGGAAGAGCAGUUACAUAAGUAUCUGUUUUCCAAGAGUUUUCUGUGCACCAUCAGGCAUUGAAAGGAAAAUAAAACAGAAGCAGCACACAGAGGGAGAGACAUGGAAAAAGGGUCUGAGGUGGAGAUGGAGCAGAUCAGCCCAGCAGAAAAGAAAGAAGAUGAGGAUGUUAAGAAGGACACAGGACAAGAGACUAAAGAUGAGAAAGAAUUAAAAGGAGAAAACAAGAAUAUAUACUCAGUACUGUUCAAUCCAACUGAAGAUAUCUACACAUCAUCUAAAAUGCCAGGUUCCCCUCCAAAGUUCCAUAAAGAUGUUAACGGAAGAGUCAAUUUUUACCGAGGACUUUCCGUCAUUCUCCUCCUCCUGUGUGUUCUGUUCCUGGCUGUGAUUCUUGCGCUGUCUAUAAAAUUGUCUGAAGUGCAGGGCAACCAGGAGUGUCCGGAUGUAGAGAAGACAACUGUGGCAGAAGCUUGCAACUGCCAGAAAUGCGAGUUCAUGUACAAAACACGGGCCUCAGACCACAACAAACAUCUGUGCUCUGAGUGUGGGACCGGCUGGCAUAAGUUUGAGAACUCCUGUUACUUCCUGUCUGAAAAACGCCUUAACUGGCUGGAGAGCAGGGAGAAAUGCCAGGAAAAGGGUGGUGACCUGGCUGUCAUCAGCAAUGAGCGUGUUCAGACAUUUCUGACUGAGAAAGGACCCAUGCUGUAUUGGAUUGGCCUCCAUGAUUUAGGAACACAGCAGUGGACCUGGAUUAACAAUACUGCACUAACCCAGAGUUACUGGUUCCAAACGCCCAACGCUGGCCACUGUGCUUUGCUGAGAGGAUGGAAGUCACCCCAGAACAACUGGUACUCAAACCGAUGUGAGAUAUACUCACAUUUCAUCUGUGAGAGAGUUAAAGCUUUCUAUAAAUGAAACAUGACCACCCCACGCAUCAGUAACAUCUGCAUUUCAUCUAAUCAUUUCACCCACUACUGCUGUAGCUCAGAAUCAACACAAGAAUUCACACAAGAAAUCUUGUUCUGUGAUGAAUAAUCAAGUAGAACGUGAUGCACUUUUGCAGUUUUUAGCUGUGCAGUGGCCUACACCAAAUAAGACACACCACGUGUAUUCUCUUAAAGUGGCUCUGUGCGUUUUUUAUUGCUCAGUUUUUUCUUUUUAAUUGCACUGAUUUUAAUCCUAGAAAGAGUAGCACUAAAAAAAUAAAUUCUACACACUGUAUUUUAAAAUCAAGUGUAUGCCUAUGUAGCUGCCUUUAUGUAAGAAGUCUUUGCCUGUUUAUAAUUAAAAAUUUACUGUAUGGUC